GAGUGGUGCGAGUUCAGUAUAUUCGCACUUCUUACCACUACUGCAAGGUUGAGGGAUCAUAAAAUCGUAAAGUUGACACGAAUACUGAUUUUUAAACGCUAUUUAAUUUGUAUUUUAUUGGCUACGUUAGUGUUUUCUUUGCGUUAAAUAAUUUGAGAUUUGAGCGGAACUAAGGUAGUCAAGUAGCUGAAUUAGUUGGUUUCCCUCAGAAAAGAAGGAAUACACUUGCUGUGUCAUUUCACAAUGGCGGACCAGGAGGAGGCCGUGAGGGAGUUUGUAGCUGUAACUGAUGUUGAUGAGGAGAGAGCGCGCUUUUUCCUUGAGUCAGCUGGAUGGGAUUUACAGCUCGCCUUGGCUAGUUUCUUUGAAGACGGUGCCGAUGAUGACAUUGUGACUCUUCCUCAACCAGAAGGAUCUUCACUGUUGCACCCUGUUGGUCCAAGGAGCCAGCCCAGAGUGACUUCCUUCAGGGAUCUGGUCCAAGAUCAGGAGGGUGGUGAUGAGGAAGGGCAAAGGUUUUACGCUGGGGGGUCGGAGCGCAGCGGCCAGGAAAUUGUUGGCCCUCCCAAGAAGAAGAGCCCCAACGAGGUGGUGGAGGAACUGUUUAAGGGAGCCAAGGAGCACGGGGCCACACCUGUGGAGAGGGCAGGGCGGGGCCCUGGAGAGCCCAGUGGGUCACGGCCGUUUGUGGGCGGAGGCUAUCGUUUGGGUGCCGCCCCUGAGGAGGAGUCUGCCUACGUGGCGGGAGACAGACGACGUGGUGACCCUGCUCAGGACGUGCAUGUGGUCCUGAAGCUGUGGAAAUCGGGGUUCAGCCUUGAUGACGGCGAACUCAGGAACUACUCUGACCCCGGCAACGCCCACUUCCUGGAGUCUGUGCGCCGGGGAGAGAUUCCUCAGGAGUUGAGGCAGCUAUCUCAUGGAGGGAAGGUGAAUCUGGACAUGGAGGAUCACCGUGACGUGGAGUUCUCCAAGCCCAAAUCUGCCUUCAGGGCGUUUGGUGGGGAGGGGCAGAAACUGGGCAGUUCAGCCCCCCCUCUGAUUCCACCUGCUGGAUUAUUGGGUGGCCAGCAGGACCAGGCAGCCAUCGAAUCGCAGGCCAGCGCCUCUGUUGCCCUUGACAACACUCAACCAGUGACCAGCAUCCAGAUACGGCUGGCUGAUGGAGGCCGACUGGUGCAAAAAUUUAACCACAGCCACAGAGUGUCAGACGUGAGGGAGUUUGUGGCAAGUGCUCGACCUGCCAUGGCCGCUGUGGAGUUUGUGCUGAUGACUACGUUUCCCAACAAGGAACUGACAGACGAGAGCCAGACGCUGAAGGACGCCGGCCUCCUGAACGCUGUUAUCGUGCAGCGGUUGAAGUGAGGUUGCCCCAGCCCCCCGCUGGCGGGACUGAAUCACGGGGCUGAUCCCCGCAGGAAUAUUGGCCCCCGCUGGCUCUGCUGACCAGGUGCACCUGAUUCCUGCAGGAUGUCAGCCCCCUGCUGGCUCGGCUGACCCACAGCACCCGGUUGCCACUGAAGACACAAGCACCACAGGAUAUACAUUCCUGUUUUGUAACUUCCUGUACAGUACUGUGUGUCCCCCCUCAUAGGUUUGUGAAACAGCAUAGUUGUCUUCCAAGAGGAGGGGGUGAAUUUGGGUUUCAUCUUGUUGCCGAGGAGAAGUUGAGUGAAUACUUGGUUGACUUGGCUGAUUGUGAAUAGAAAUAAUAAAGCUUUUUUUUACCUCUGGUAAA